AUGUCGACUACUUCUGAACAAUAUCAAUACGGGGAAUCUUUGGCGAAAGACGCCAUCACUCAAGGUAUCUUCGAUCAACAACACUAUGCCACCAACGACACCGAUUGGAGUAGACCUGUGACUGUCAGCCAAUACAACCCUUCUACCUAUCAAAAUUCGGAUUGUAAGUACGUCUGGACUCUUGUUGAUGAAAGUUGCAACAUUUAUCAUGGUUGUCUGAGCGGCCCGCCCAAUCCAUCCGCCGCGCACAGUUGGAACCCUCGAAUCUGCACAGUGUGUAGUGCCGUCCGACCUCCAAGAGAAGUUGAGGUUGUGGAGCUGCGAUUUGAUUUCGAAGAUGCCUAA